GAAAAGCUGUUCGUUGCUGUUUCUCUGACAUAACACGACGAAACGUAGUAGCAGGUCAAAAAUUAGUGUGGUUCGUAGUAAAUGGUGGGUGUUUGCGUCGUUUUAGAGUGACGGCAUUACCAUUUCCAAGGUUUGGUGAAAAUAUUACAGUAAUGGGAUUACUAAUUGCAAAGAAGAAUUCGUCGUAUCGUAAAAAUGGAGUCAAUAGAAGAACGUUCAGGUCGAUCCCCUAGGAAACGAUACCUUUUCGAUCGAUAGGUUUGGCAUCAGCAACAAGGAUUUUCUUAUAAUUUCGUCGAUAAUAUUUAAACGUAAUGUUUGGAAGUUGGAUCUGAUUAAAAAAACGAGAAACAUACAAUUAUCAUUGAAUAGAAUACGGGAGAAAUAUAAUUUCGUCGCAACGUAAAAUGGGUUCUACAAGACAGCAGGAUAAUAGAAUACUUGGCGGCGGGAUAUCUUUGCCUCAAUGGAUGAAAGGAAGAACCGACAACAGAUUUGAUUUUGAUGAGAGUACGUUCAGUCCGCCAUCUCACGACGAUAGCUUUUUCUAUUUACGAUACCCAAAGUCACAGAGCCGAUUGAACAGUUCGGAAGAAUUCCGGACGAUCGAUGAAGUUCCGAAGAAAGAAGGACAAACUGUCACAUUGCCCACAAGCAGCGUAACAGCGGAGAAAGAGAAAACCGUUCCCGAUCCGAGAAAGACGCAAGAAAUCGAUUUUAGCAAGCAUCCUUUGGCGUGUCAACCAUUCGUACCAGUUUCGACGACAAGUAAAGAGAUCGACACCCGGAAUUCGAAGAGUUCGUUACACGAAAACAUAAAGACAAAGUCCCAGGGGAUAGACGAUGGAUUUCACGGCGAACCAGCGCUUUGCGGAAAGUCGAUUGUUCUCGUAGCCAGUCAGAUGAUGUCGAAUAAAUUUCAUGAAACGUUUACGGCCGAAUCGGCCGGAAGUCAACCGAAGAAAGGGAGUAAAUCCUUGCCAGCCACUCCGCUCGCCUCGCCCGUUCAGAGCCCGAACAGUUCGCCGAAAGCUCGUCGUCGCGUAACGUCGAAUCGUUACUUCACCGGUUCGUUCCUUCUCGAUCGCGAGAAGUAUCAAGGAGGUUCGAUCUUGGCGAGUAUAUUAGGACAGUCCAGGGAGAUCGUCACGGCCAAGAUCGAAGAAGAGGAUGAGACGAACUUGGAGCCUUCGCCACCUUCAUCCAGAGCACUCGGUAGAAAACGAUCUAUAUCCUCUCAGAAUCUGACGUAUGUCGGAACCGAUGAUAAGUCGACCAUUGGUUCUAAUUUAUUGCGAGCGAAACCAUCGGAAUUGAGAGAAAUGAAUUUCUGGUCACCGACCUCAAUGUAAUAGAUACGGUCCACGAAUAUUCCGAUUUUGUCUAUCUUGUCUUUUAUAUCGUCAUCGAUACAUCUAUCCGUUUAUGCUUGAAAUUUGUUCAUCUAAGGAACAAGAUGUUAAUAAUUUAAUAAUAUUGAUAAAUAUGUUAAUAAUAAUAAUAAUGUUGUAUCGCAAGAACAAUGAAUAAUAAUAAUAAUAAUGUUAGUUAUUUUAUAGCUGUUUAAAUGAAUAGUUUGGUACAUAUUUGCUUGCAGUUCUUUAGGUUUAUUACUUUUCUGUCAAGCAGACGAAUACCAUGAAAAAUGAUCGUAUGUUUUUUGCGUGUCCACCUGUAACGAUUAUUAUUUGUUUGCGGGCAUGUACUCGUAACGUGUUUGUACAAACGCACGACUCUUCUCUCAAAUAAUCUCUUGAUUCGCGAUGGCGUGGUAGUUAACUUUUAGCAAUAUACUUUCAAUUAGUUUAGUUAUUUGAAAUAGCCGACCAUAGACGAAUAGAACUAUUCGCUAUGUUGGAGAAGAUUAUGUUUGUCAAAUUUACAAAUAAUCCGUUUUUCAGUUAACGACAAGCAUAAGUUACCUAGAACAAGAAGUAUAUAAUUUACACCGUUUAGUCAACUAGCGCUUCAUCUUACUUGAUUUUAGCUCGAGUAAUGAAGGGAAGGAAUUAAAAAUAAGAAAUAUUUGUACCAUAUAAUAUACGAUAUGAGCAUGUGUGAAAGCGCGUUUUGUUUAAAACGUUUACCGUACAAACGAGGAUAGUAACGUUUAAUGUAACAUCCCCGUUGCGGUGGUCCCUAAGCCGGGUAAUUAACGGUCGGUCAUCGUUAAUCUUUUUCCGUCGAUAAACGUGAUACCAACCGUCUCUCGUCAACGAAAGAUAACGAAGUUAUUAUUCAGAGACCUUGGUGUACACGACAUUCUCUCACAGCUGGAUUAUCGAGUUCGAAAGGAGAAAGUAACGCGAUCGUAACGAGGACUAAUUUUAGUAGAUAUAUUCUAGAGUAACAAUGAAGCGGAUCAAACGUAGGAAAAAUGUAUGGGACGCGGAGCUGUUAGCGAAGUUGCGGCAGUAACUUGACGCGUCGCAACAACACGUUCGAUCGAUGAACCAUCGAUCAGCGUCACUAGCUACAAAAUGCUCGAAGCUACGAAUGGUAGAAACUCUCGAUUCACAUAUUGUAUCGUAUUUUAUAAAGAUAUGACAAAUAAAAACAAUCUUUUACGUUC